GCUAGCCCGUUUCUUUUUUGUUUGGUUCAGAUCUGUUCGCUUUGUGGUUUAUCGAGAAUGUUAGCCAUGCGAAGCUUAUAUUGUGCUCGGACGACACGGGUCAUGAAGGUGGCCCCGCAGUCUGCGAUGGUGAUGGUGCAGCGCUGCCAGUCUCAUUCAACCACCACCGCCACGACUUCUUUUCCUUCCUCGUCCAAUACAGCAGUGAAAACGCCAACCAUGAAGCCGCGCGGAGUUCGGUUUGACAGGGAAGAAGGCAUCAGCAGCGACCUGAAAGGUAUCGGCGUCUACGCCGGGACCAUCUCUGCCUUCAUGAAGUCCCCCGAGGAGAAGGCGACGCCGAGUUUUAAGGCCGGAGGUGAUGACGGUCGUCUCCCUUGUGAAAACCCCGGCACCACAGCGGCUCUGCAGGCUGCUCAGGCGGAUUACAUGGUCUCCGCAGCCAAGACCGGGAAGAUGCCCUCGCCUCGACAAGGACUGGACGCAGAGUUCACCGCCGCGACCGCAUCUCACGGAAAUAGCAGUGCUGCGGCUGAUGCUGUAGCUCCCCCGCAUUCGGGGCACAGUCACGGACAGGGUGAAUCGCACGCACCCGGUACUGCGGCUGCGGUUGCGGCUGCUUCUGCUACUGCUGCUCGCGGGUCGUCGUCACUGCCGCACCGCGCACCCCCCGCUUCGCUGAACGUGACGCCGCGAAAGCCGCCCACAACACUCAGCGUGGGCGAGGACAAGAAAUCGAGUCUGCCCCCUCGCGCGACGGCGGCUUCCCCAACGAGCAGGGUCGUCUCGGACGGCCCCCAGGUUUUACGUAACAAAGAGGCGAGCGACUACUACAAAUCCCUGCCAAAAAAUGAGCUGACGAAAGAGCAAAUGUGGGCCCGCAUCAACGCGGCCCACGCCGAUAGGGCAGAGACCAACACCACCGCCAUCGGCUCCCUCGAGGUCGAUUACUUGAAAAUGGAGGAGGAUAUGCGUGAGUUCGACCUCUUCCACUACCGCGUCGGGGAAAUGGCCUACCCCGAUGCGACGACGCGGCGCAACUACUACGCCAUGUGGAACCUCGCGAUGUCGCUCAACAAGGCGCGGUGGGCCAUGCUGGAGGUGCACUCGCAGCGCGGUAUGAAGACAACCGGCGCCGGCAUGAAGCUCGUCUUUUGGAAGGAGUCGGUGGGGGCGAUUAUGGAGAAGCGUCGCAUGAGCGCUGGGCAGUUCACGGACUCCCACCCAGUGCUUCGCCCCUUCGCUUCCACGGUGGAGCAAACCCCACGCAUGACGAAGGCGUUUGUGCGCGGCUUCACGGAUGCGCGGCUGAAGGUGAUCCAGCAGCCGGGCAACGUGCAGCAACUCUUCGACCACUUCGACAAGUUCUACGGGUACUUCUUCAACUCGCUACUCGAAGUGACAAACGUGAAGGACGAGGCGGCGGAGCAUCUCAUGACCCACAUCGGCCGCGCCACGGGCCUCACAAACCACUGCGUCAUGUUCUGGAAGAAGUACGCGCGGCUCGGCUUCACGAUGCUGCCGUCGGACAUUUGCGCCGAUAACCACGUGAACCUGGCGCUGCUGAAGAACAUUCCUUUAGCGUCCCAGGACCGCGCCGUGCGUAAGGUGUUGUUUGACGUAAUGUGCAUCGUGAAGGACGAGAUGAUGCACGCGCAGAAGAUCGCCAAGGACGUCCCGCCCAAGGCGUGGCCCAUCGUGAUGGAGUGCCUCUACGCAAACUACUACCUCGGCUUUUUGCAACGGCGCGAGUUCAACGUGAGCGCCAUGUUCGCCGACCACAACAUCGAGAACGCGGGGUUCGCCUGGUACCGCUUGAAGAAGCGCUGGGAGUGGGAUAAACACCAGAGCAUUGAGCGCCUGCUGGACGAGUCAGCCCCCAUUCCUUUCAUCGGCACAUCGUUUGCGCAUCGCGGGUCGCAGUACAAGCUGGCCAGUGGCCUAGGACAGGAUCCUGUGAAGCCGUAA